CACUACUCGGGUCGGUCGUCGUUACUCGGGUCGGAUCGGGCAGUGCCACCUCCUCCUCCUCCUUCUCGAGAUCCUACGCGCAAAGCUUGAAAUCGUUGAUUCCAAUGAGGCCGACGGAGUUCAGUUAAGUCCAAACUCACCAGAACGGGAGGAGGAUAGAUUUCGCCGGAAAUCUGAGAAGAAAUGAUCGGAGAUGGUGGAGAGACUCCCUCGAGGCGUGAAUUGUUGAGUAUGGUGAAGAAGCACUCGAAUCUGAUAGGUAAAACCGUGGUGGAAGAACAGGAUGCUUCUGAUGUCGAAAUGGAUUCGCAGUUCUGGCAUGAUGUUUUCGAUCUGUACUUUGUCCGCGGCAAGGAGUCCAGGGGAAGACAGGACGAUGAUCUUAUAUUUCUUGUCCGGAAAAUGAGUUCGCAGGCUUAUCGUGAUAAUCCAGAGGGCACCUCUCCCUUCUUUGUUCGCAGGUGGGCCUCUAAGAUGGAAAAACUAGUCGGUGACAUUUCAGCUGAUGUUGAUUGGAGACGCUCAUUUUACUUGAACUUGAUUGCACACACUUCAUAUACUAUUACUGUGGCAAUUUGCAGCCAUCAGGACCUUCGUAAUCAUCAAGCAGGACAGGAUACACAACUUUCUCCUAUAUACAAGGUUGUGAAGAUUGUUUAUGCAUCUCCAAGUCGUAUUACUUUCCAUUUGGACGCGAAGAAGGAAGUAGAGACAUCUCCUGCAUAUCCAGAUAUAUGCUUUGCAGUUGAUGAUUUUGAUUCUACAUUUGAUGCAGUGGUCUUGUCAUCGACAGAUCAUUGCUAUUGUGUAUUACUAAAUGCACAUGAUGGAGCCGCAUUUCCAUCCGUGAAGGAGCUGAGUGAUGGUAGUUCUAGUAAUGCGCCUCCUGGAAAAGUCGAGACAAAUCCAGGAAGCUCCAAUAGCAAGAAGAUCACUCUUUUCUCAGGAUUUGUAAGCUAUCAAAUGGUUCUCGAAGCAUAUAAUGCUGGGAAGUCUCAGUUCGGGAGCCUCCUCUCGCUUGGGCAUUCUCCUGGAAAAACGGACAGGCUUUUCAUGAAAGGUCCUGGAGGACGCGGAGAAGUUGAAGUCGCUGUUUCUGGGGUUGUUGAUCAAAGUCAUGAGGAUGCGGGUCCUUUUUCACCUGUCUCUGUGUCUAGACGGGGCUUUGGGAUUGGUUCCAUCUUCCAGAAGGCAGCAACUGUUGCAUCUGUGGCAGCAAAGCACGCAUAUGCAGCAGCAUCUGCAGCCACAAACCACGAGGAGGAGAUGAUACCCCUCAAGUGCUGCUUAAUGUCUGUAUCUUUGCCUUGGGAACACAUUGCUUAUGACCUCUUGUUUAAGGGAAAUCCACCAGUGAACAUAUGAGCCUUUUUCGUGCACAUGACGAGUGAACUUCUUCAUAAGCAUAGGAAAAGUUUAAAGGCACAUAAGAUCCACAUAAAACCUGCUCUGAGGCUGUUUGUAGGUUUAGUCGAUGACUGUCCAUCGUCUAUUGUUUUAUCAUCACCUGCUGGUCUCGAAAGUGUAUCCAUGCUGACCUGUGGUCGCCAAAAUUGCUUCUUUUUUUUGUUUUUUUUUUUUUGGUGAAAACGUUUCUUUUGUAUAUGUUUUGCUCGAUUCUGUAUGAUGAUAGGUCUGCGGGGAGAGUUUUGUUGUAUUUGUUUUUUUGUUUUUCCUAUUCUCUUAAUGGUUAACACGUAAUUUAAUUGCUUUUCCGUAGCACUCUUGUUUAUGGUCAGCGAUCGGGAAAUAUGGCGUUUUAUCUAUA